AUGGGUAUUGUUCCUAUACAAUGGGUAUUGUUUGGAUUUUCAUUUGCUUUUGGACCACCUAUCAGUGAAGGUUUUGGUUCAUUUCGUUGGUCAGUAUUAAGAUUUGGAGAAGAAUUUAAUCCAAAUUAUUCCCCAACUUAUCCACUAUUGACGUUUUGUGCUUAUCAAGCUGCAUUUGCUAUUAUAACGCCUGCAUUGAUCAGUGGUAGUAUUGUUGGACGCAUGAAAUUAAUUCCCUACAUGAUAUUUAUCUUUAUUUGGACGACAAUCUGUUAUGAUCCACUGGCCCAUUGGGUGUGGGCAAGUAACGGUUGGUUGAAGAAGCUUGGUACAUUAGAUUUUGCUGGCGGCACUGUCGUACACAUAUCAAGCGGUGUUUCGGGAUUUGUUGCGUCGGCCAUAUUAGGACAUCGUGUUGAUUAUGAUCCCCAUGAAAUUGGACAUAAUCUACCAUUUUCAUUAUUAGGAACUUGUCUCCUAUGGAUCAUGUAUGACCUAACCAGUGGUUUAGCUGCGUUAGCUAUUAUAAAUACAAAUACGGCUGCUGCUUCAGCCUUAUUGACAUGGGUUGCAAUAGAUGCAUUCCGAGGAUCAGUUAGUAUUAGUGGUGCUUGUAUUGCUCCAGUCGUGGGUCUUGUUGCAAUUACACCGGCAUGCGGAUAUGUUCAACCAGGAUGGGCUUUAUUAAUAGGUUUUGCCACGGCUUGUACCGCUGGUAUAUUGUUGCCGAUGCGUUUUUUAUUUGGUAUUCGAUUAAAAGCUGAAGAUGAAAUGAUAGGUUUAGAUCGAACAGGUUUACACAAUAAAGAUUUAGAUCAUUACACGAGUUUCAUUUUCGUUUCUGUUCUAGCUCAUGGUCAAAGUUGGGAAUUAUUCGCAUCAGUAGCAGCUCACACGUUAGUUCAAAAAAUAAAGCAGCAAUCGUUAAAAAACGAUGGAACAACACCAACUGUAAACGGUACUUUAGAAAUGCAAUAUCAACCGAAUAAUUUGGAAGAAAACCCAGUUGUAAUUAAAUUUCCCGUUUUGAGUGCGGACAUGAAAGAAGAAAAAACAGACGAGGUAUUCUCUCUGCAACUAUAA